AAUGCAUUCCAUUGAAAGUUGGAAAAUCAUAUAGCAUAAACAUACGAUGUUGAAUAUCUUAGUUUUGUUAAAUUAGAUAGUGUCCUUGAAUGCAUCUAUCUCUUUAAUUAUAAAUGGAAAAAGAAUGUCUUUUUCGGAAAAAAAAGAUUGUCGCAUAUGAACUUACAAUUUAGUGAGUUGUACAAAAGUGAGCUACUCAACUACUUUUCGAGAAUGAAGAUGACUAAUAAUUAAUUUUUAUGUCAUUUGUAACAUUAAAAAUGUAUUUAUUAUAUUAUUGUUUUUUUUUUUUAACAAACAUUUGAAUUUAAUACAACCACUAUCAACUUUUACUUUAAAAAGUAUUACACAUCAAACAAUUAACUUUAAUUUCAUUAUAUAGUAACAAAACAUCUCAUCUAGAAAUUAAUUCGCAAUAACUUCAUAGUGAUCCUUUUCCCCUUCCAAAACAACAACAUAAUUUCCAAGGAAAUUUCCCUGCAAUUUCGAGUAGGAUCAUUUGCAAUUUCUUCAAAAAAAUUUCAAAAGACUUUUACACUUAUUCACACACACACACAUAUAUAUAUAUAAUAUCCCUUUCUAUAUAAUAUUUAUAUCACCAUUCAUACUUCCUUCCUAACCACCAAAUUUGCCAAAAUGGCCAUUUCGACCAUUGCCAUUCCCUUCAAAUGGUUUACCAAAACCAAUUUCAAGCUCAAUUUCCCUCUCCUUCACUCCAAACACAAACCAAUUUCCUCUAAACCUCCUACGCCACCGCCCCUUGCCGAGGUUGCUUUUCGCCAUCUCGACAUCGAUGGAGAUGGAAAAAUCUCCGGCGAUGAGCUACGAUCCUACUUCGCAUCGAUAGGGGAGUACAUGACAUGGGAUGGUGCUCAAAGUGUGAUUGGAGAUUUUGACAAAGACGGUGACGAGUUACUAGAGCUUGGAGAUUUUGAGCGACUGGUAAAGGGAGAGGAGGAGGAGCAAGAGGAGGAUUUGAAAAGGGCUUUUGAGAUGUUUGAAGGUGAAAAGGGAUGUGGAUUCAUUGGGGCAACGGGAUUGCAGAAGAUGUUUGGGAGGCUUGGAUACGUGAAAUCAAAAGAAGACUGCAUGGCUAUGAUCAAAGUGUUUGAUGUUGAUGGCGAUGGUGUAAUUGAUUAUCAUGAAUUUCUUAGAAUGAUGACUUGACUACUUAAUUUAACGUCCCAAUAAGUUAUCAUUUCAAUUUC